AGAGGAUAGCUCAUUGACUGACUGGACAUCAACCACAGCAGCUGUGAAGAGGCUGGUAGCUUUAAGGGGGAUUUCUAUGUGAAAAUACACUAAAGAACAGACUACUAACCAGAACUCAGACUACAGCUGUUCAAUGAGGAUAAGUUAUGCAACUGAGGAGCUCCUGAGAAUCCCCUGCUACUGUGAUCUGUGACCAACUCUGGUUACGCACUUCACUUUCACUACUUUAUUGGUCCUCUGUGCGGGUGCAACAUGGAACUACAGAAGCUUUCAGAUGGGACCCACAAUCAGGAGCUGGGGUCAGAUAAGAUGAUGCUUGAGGACAGUAUGACGGCUGAGCAAGAAGAAUUUUUGCCCCAUACAAGCAGCAGGAAGAAGAAAACCCAGUUUACAGAUUUUGAAGGAAAGACAUCCUUUGGAAUGUCAGUCUUUAACCUCAGUAACGCCAUCAUGGGGAGUGGAAUUCUGGGGUUAUCCUAUGCCAUGUCAAACACAGGGAUCAUUCUCUUUCUGGUCCUGUUGCUGUUUAUUGCCAUUCUCUCUGCAUACUCUAUUCAUCUGCUGCUGAAAAGUGCUGAAGUUGUGGGAAUUCGUGCAUAUGAGCAUCUGGGGAAACGAGCUUUCGGACAUGCAGGGAAGCUGGUAGCAGCUGUGGUCAUCACCAUGCACAAUAUUGGUGCGAUGUCCAGCUACCUGUUCAUUGUGAAAUAUGAGCUUCCCUUGGUCAUUCAAGCCUUCCUGAAAAUGCAGUCUGACAGUGGAGAGUGGUUUCUUAAUGGGAAUUACCUCAUCAUUAUCGUCAGCAUCUCUGUAAUCCUUCCUCUGGCACUCAUGAGGCAGCUUGGAUAUCUAGGCUACACCAGUGGGUUUUCUCUCACCUGUAUGGUAUUUUUCCUCGUAUCGGUGAGUAAGGUUAUAUAUAAAAAGUUUAACAUCCUCUGUCCUUUGGAGACUUUUGGGAAUCACACCAUUAACAGCAGCAUUGAGGAAGACUGCGAGGGGAAACUGUUCACUAUCAACCAGCAGACUGCAUACACAAUCCCUAUCCUAGCAUUUGCCUUUGUGUGCCAUCCUGAGGUGCUACCAAUAUACACUGAACUGCGCAACCCCACGAAGAAGCGCAUGCAGGCGAUUGCCAACACCUCUAUCUUAGGAAUGUUUGUGAUGUACCUCCUCACUGCUAUCUUUGGCUACCUCACCUUCUACACCAAUGUGGAGGCAGAGCUGCUCCACACCUACAGUAAGGUUGACCCCCUGGACACUCUGAUUCUGUGUGUGCGGCUGGCAGUUCUUGUGGCUGUCACUCUCACUGUCCCUGUGGUACUCUUUCCGAUCCGAAGAGCUCUGCUUCAGCUGCUGUUUCCUGAAAAGCCCUUCCACUGGGCGCGACAUGCUGGUAUUGCUGUCACUCUCCUCUUUGUCGUCAAUCUCCUUGUCAUCUUUGUACCUAACAUUCGAGACAUCUUUGGAAUAAUUGGGGCCACCUCUGCUCCCAGUUUGAUCUUCAUCCUGCCUGGAUUAUUCUAUCUCCGCAUUAUCCCUGUUGAUCAAGAGCCCCUAAAUUCCAGACCAAAGAUCCAGGUGAUGUGUUUCACAGCCCUUGGAUUUGUCUUCAUGGUGAUGAGUAUUUCCUUCAUUGUGCUGGACUGGGUGAAUGGAGAGAACAGGAGUGGGGGUGGGCACUAGCUUGCUAUGGCCAAACGGGGACACUAAUGCCAAAUGACGACAAACAUCACAACUUUUCAAAUCAGUCUGGUGUAAGAUACUGUAUCACAGACAUCACUGAAAGAAUGGCCAUCCACUACCUAAAUCUCUCCCAUGGUCCCUCAUAGUCAGCUAUCACACUCUGAACCUGGAACAGAAUUUGUUAAAAUGUAUCUUGCUGUGUGUUCAGGUGGUCAUGCCCUGUUACAGUAAAGUUAACUGUGGUGCGGGUACAAUCCUAAUCGUAAGCACAACCCAAACCAAUUUGUCUCCUUUAGAUACCAUAGAGAGAUUUCUUAUAUCUCACAUUUUAUUUUUGCUUUCCUGCACCUUUAUGUGUUGUUGCCAAUUACCUCCCCUGUAACAAAAUAAAGUGAAUGCAGGUUUAUAUGUACUUUCUUCUAUUGGAUGAAAAUGUAUGUACAGUGAGAUCAGGAUGAUGUAGUGUCUAUAUUUUGGCAUGUAUAAAACUUUGUCCUGCAAAUACAAACUGUGGUUCUGCUCUGUGAGCCCAGUGACUGGUGAGUGCCAAGAGUGCUCCUCACAGCCACUACCUCCCACCUCACAUUAGUGACCGUGGUGCCAUUGAGUGAUCCACUUGAUCUGCUCCUUUCAUCUCAGUGAUACAGCGCUUCCGAUGGAUGUCAUAGUGAACAUAAUUCCUCUUUCAAAUAAAUUACCACCCCCACCAGCAGGUGGA